AUGGACGGCCGACCCAGAGCCGACUGCGCCCUCGGACUCCCCACCGACAGACCUCAACACGAUCGGCCGAAUCCCGGUCAGCCCGGCCGUCUGGAGGCUGGGGCACCCGCCGAUGAUUACUUUCGGCACCUGUAUGCCUCCGAACCAGACUUCAGGCGCCUUGCAAAGCGAGACUCUCAUUUUGCAGCGGUCCUCCAAGAUAACGGGCAGCUAGACUUCAGCGACCCAAAGGCUACCAUGCAGCUGACAAGGACACUUUUGGGACUCGAUUUUGGCUUGAAGUUGGACCUCCCAGAGGACAGGCUGUGCCCUCCGCCUGGCCGGAAGUUGUGCGGGCUCGAUGUCGGCACCGGCGCAAGCUGCAUCUACCCACUGCUCGGCACUGCUCAGCGGCCAUGGCAUUUCGUGGCAACAGGAGACCGGGUUCGGCUCUUGGAGCGGAAGCCAGAUGAUUCCCUGAUACCGCUCGACGAGGCGGGUGUCCAGUCCAUUGAUUUUGUCAUGAUGAACCCGCCGUUUUACACCUCAGAGGACGACAUGGUAUCGUCAGCAAAGAAGAAGGCGCGGCCACCAAUGUCUGCUUGCACCGGUGCACCGGUGGAGAUGGUUUGCGAGGGCGGCGAGGUGGCUCACGUCGGCCGGCUGUUGCGCGAAUCGCUGGUAUUGCGGAGCCGGAUCCAAUGGUAUACGUCAAUGUUUGGAAAGCUUACCAGCCUUGAUGCUCUUGUAGAGCAGCUCCGUGAACAUGGUAUCGACAAUUAUGCCGUUACCGAGUUUGUGCAAGGGAGCGGCGAAAGGGCUAGGGAGAACGGCGGAAAACGUGUGGAGCAGGGCUUGGAGAAGAAAAAGUCUUCAAGGACGAGAAGGGGGCGAAAGUGA